ACUCAUCGCUUCAGGUGAUAAUAAACUUCAGAAGCAUGAGGAUGGGAACGCUACGACUCUGCAAGCAGGACCAGGCAUUCCCAUUGAUCCCUCUCGCAUCACCCGCCUGUCGUGGCAGCCCAGGGCCUUCCUGUACUCGGGAUUUCUCUCCCACGACGAGUGCGACCAUCUCAUCACCCUUGCGCGCGACAAGGUAUCUCGCUCAUCAGUGGCGGACAACGAGUCGGGCAAGAGCGUGUUGAGUGAGAUCCGCACGAGCUCAGGCACAUUUCUCAACAAGUAUCAGGACGACAUUGUGAAGCGCAUAGAGGAGCGCAUUGCAGCAUGGACCUUCCUCCCCAAAGAGCACGGCGAAGCGAUCCAAAUACUAAAGUACGAGAUCGGGCAGAAGUACGAGGCCCACUUUGACUAUUUCUUUGACUCAGUCAACACACAGAUGGGCGGCCACCGGGUGGCGACGGUGCUCAUGUACUUGUCCACGGUGGAGGCAGGAGGGGAGACGGUGUUUCCUAAUGCACAGCCUAGGCCUCCCACGGACGCCACAGCGUCUGAAUGUGCGAACAGAGGUCUGGCAGUCAAGCCUCAAAAGGGCGACGCGCUGCUCUUCUAUUCCCUCCACCCGGACGGCACCACGGACCAGUCAUCAUUGCACGCCAGCUGUCCCGUCAUCCGCGGGGAGAAGUGGUCGGCAACCAAGUGGAUCCACGUGCGCUCCUUUGAGGCGCGGCCCUUGGCACAUGGCUGCGAGGAUUUGAACCCUAAAUGCGAGGAGUGGGCGGCGCUAGGCGAGUGUAAAAAGAACCCGGCGAUGAUCGAUGGCGCAGCGCUGCUCCCCGCGCAGGUGCUGCGCAACCUCUCCGACAAACUCUACGACAAGCGCAAGGCGGCCGCGCUCGAGAUCGAGACGGCAGUGAAGGCGGCUGUAGCAGAGGGCAACGAUGAGCGGAUCAACGCAAUCAUUUCCCUGCUGGCCAAUGAUUACGCCACGUCAGCACAGCCGAACCAGAGAAAGGGGGGUCUCAUAGGGCUGGCGGCGGUCACGGUGGGGCUGGGACCUGACGCCAGUCAGUACCUUGAUGUACGUGUGGGGGGGGGAGGCAUUGAACGAUUGGGCAUGAGAUGUUGUUCUCAUUUCAUGGCAUUGCAUGCGGCAUGGGGAUGUGUGCGCCCUUCUCUCAUAGGGCUGGCGGCGGUCACGGUGGGGCUGGGACCUGACGCCAGUCAGUACCUCGACGUACGUGUGGGGGAGUAA